CAAAUAGGCCCAGUAUAAUUUUGACUAAUUUUUAGAGCCAAGGAGUUUUUCCGGGAGAAGGUGAGGAGCUAUGGGGGCGCUCUACCUCUAUCGAGGCAAUCUCCACCGCGUCUCUGACAUUCCACGACGGUGGCCAAUGCCGCCGCGAGCAAUUUCCCUUCCCCAGUUCCGUCAACUUCUCCGCAAACGAAACCUAGCCAUUGCGCAAUUCUCAUCCAGAAACCCUAACGCUAAACCUGACCCUAGAGUGAGUAAUGAGAACCAUGAAGAUAUGGACAAGGCCGAAUGCCCUCAAGAAGUCGCAGUCAACCUCAUUUCUUCUUUGGAACCGAGCGGAUCGGCUUUGAACGAUUGCAAGGGCGUCGUUGCGAUCACUGAGGAUCUGCUGGCUUUGGAGCGUGUUGAUUCGAUGGACGAUGGCGAUGGGAAGGAGGAGUUAAACUGCAAGUUAGAUUCAACUCAUGAAAUACAAGAGAGGAAAAGUGAUUUGGAGCAAAAGUUGCACGUUCUAAAUGAGAAAAAGCAUUAUCUUGUGCAGAUGUUGAAGCAGAUUUUGAAUGCUGAAGAGGAAAUCAAACGGAGGAGCAUUCAAUCGGCUCCUGCACGUUCAUCUGUUCCUCUACAGGCAGAAGCUUCAGUUGACAUGAGUUCUGCUGCAAGAAAUCCACCUAAAGUUAGUGUGGCGGUGAACUUUGGUGGUGACGUAGGAGGAGAAUCGGAUGCUGCCGUCAAUUGUAACAUUCAAACACGACAGUGGCCUCCUGUGCUUGCUGCUUCUCCUUCUGCAACAUCCAUCGGCCGUACUUCACAUGGCUCUUUCCAGCAUAACACGGUUCAUGUGCCUCGUGGAAGUGCGCCUCUUCCGGCUACAUCAAGCUCAUUAAUGGCUACCUCAAUGGUUAGCCGCUUUGUUCCUACUGUUCAGCAAGCGCAUUCAAUGAACCUUCCUUCGGUUUCUGUAUCAGCUGCCCAUUUUGCAGCUUCUUCGCCGUCACCUGCAGCUUCUGGUGGCAUUUCCUCUACCUUUAGGGAUUCCCGCUGACAAUUCCUUUGUGGUUCGAAUGUUGCAGAUUGCGCGCGAGAUCAAAAAAAGCAAUUAGUUUUACCUUUUUCACAAAUCUCCACCGAACUUUCUGAACAAGGUAAAUGCAUAUAGCAGUAUCAUGGCUGUCAGUAGUUUCUUUUAACUGAUACGAAAAUGUUCCGUGCAAUCAUUUCUAGGAUCUCAACUCUUUCUGUCAAAUAUGUUAGUGUGAACUUUAGACAAACCAAUGUGGUGAUUGUUUGUACACUAAUAUAAUCGAGCUGAAAUUUAUUUGCUGUAUUAA